AUGUCGGACAACUCCACUACACCCCGCAACAAGCGGUUGAGCAACGGUCCUGGACCCUCAUCCGCCGACAAGUACCCCGAGGACUCACCAACGCGCCUCCGUCAUCCACCGCGCUUCCCCACCGCCAUGCGAGGUGGACGCCGUCACGAUCAACCGCGACGUUUACAGCAGCAAGCGGAACUCCACGUCGAGGACACCGAAGCUUGGCCCACACCGGGUGCCGCUAGCAAGCAGUCCAGGAGUGAGAGGAGAAAGGCCUCGCGCAGCUUAUCUACCGUUCGUCCAGCUCGCAGCUCUUCGACAUCAACCUCAGAUUCUGAGACCGCUAUGGCCCAACAGCUUGUCUCCUCGCAACCCGAUACCGACGCACUUUCACCUGAACAGCGCGACGUCAUCGAAGCUGAAGUCAUAGCUUACCGCCAGCGUUUACUCCAGCAGCACACGCCCACCCGUAUCCGUCCAGAGCAACAGCCGCAGUCAACUUACCGAGCUAUGUCUGUCCCAGAGCGCAACCUAUUCCAGCCUCGACCCGCGCCGUACUCAGCCUACCAAGCGGUCUCUGCUCAGCAAGGCUCAGCCCAGCGGUAUAACCAACAGCACGCGGAUCAGCAAACACAUGAGUCCCGAGCAGAGAUGGUGCCAACCUGUCCGCCGUUCGUCCCGGAAUCGCAAGCUAGACUUGAGAUAGCACAACAGCAGCAGCAGCUAACGACGCAGCAACAACAGCAAGCCUCGCCCUUCCGGGCAUUUGGCCCUGGCGUGAACUUAGCUUACAACUUUGACAGACUUGCCGCUUCCCAGCAAGCUCAGCGCGAAGCUACCGUUGCCCAACUGCAUUCUGCCUUCUUCGAGCCGCAAUCGACGCAUGUUCAGCCUGCUUCCGCAGCCAACAUUGGACACCAAGCAUACAAUGCUCAGCCAGGACCUUACACUGACUACUCCCGCUCCCAAAGCUAUAAUAUCACGGCCGAGGCUCCCGCUGCUGCCACUCCCGGUUUCUAUCGGCCUGUUUCCCACGUUUUGACUCCCAACGCGCAAGGUUACACCCCUCAGCCAGAGACUUCCACCCGUGCGAACGCUACUCAUGGACGUAUCAACCCCGUCUAUCUUCCCGUCUUCGAUGCCGCUGCACAGGAAAGCAGCACCCAGACCGAUGCCCUUGCCACCAUGGCCGCCAGCGUGAACACCCAUGGCUACAUCAACCCGGCCUAUCUGCCCGUCUUUGACACCAUCGCAGAUGAACGCAGCACCCAUACCGGCGCUCUCACCACCAAGACCAGCGCCCCCGAGCCCGCCUUCACAGCUGAUGACUACGAGACUACUCCUCCCCCUUCUCCCAGCGUGACAAUGCUAGAUCUCUUGAACCGGAACGCGCGUGACCGCCUCACGCCAGACAAUCGCCCGCUCACCCCUAAGCAAGAGGCUGGAACAUGCUACGGCAUCGAGAUCGGAGGCUUAGGUGUCUCGACUUUUGGCACAAGUGAUCGCACUGACUGGCUUCCUUCACCAUGGAACCCGACUGCUCGGCAGCAAGAAUUCCGCGUUCGACCGCUCGACCACGACGGCUGGGGCGGCUGGGAGUGGGCGAUGAAGAAGGGUUGGGGCAAUGAGGAUGGCAAGAAGUGA